GAGCACAGCAAACGAUCGAUCGACACACAGGCAGUGAGCAAGCACACGACUUUCACAUUUUCGGCCACACCCGAACACCAUCUUGCCGCUCCGGAGCUAACAAUGUCGGCAGAGAUCGAAAUGCCAGCGGUGGUGGCGGCCGCCACAACUUCCCGACCUGUGUCAAGGGCAUGGCAGGACUUGGUGUCGGGCAUCGCAAGCGGCGUGUCCAUCGUCGUAGCUGGCCAUCCUCUGGACACCGUGCGAGGGUUGUUCAAGGGGAUGGUGAGCCCACUUAUGGGCGUGCCUCCAAUCUAUGCUGUGGUCUUCGGCGUCUACGGCAGCACCAAACGGUUGAUGGGUGAAACGGCGGACACUCCACUCGCCAUCAACAAGAUAGCACUGGCCGGAGCGAUCACUGGCCUUGCCACUGUGGCGUUCGCAGCACCUGCCGAGGCGAUCAAGGCGCGGCUGCAGGUGCAAUAUUCAUCAGCGGCCGGCUCGGCCCGCUACUCGGGCCCGGUGGAUUGUGCCAAGCAAAUGUAUCGAGCAGGUGGUAUUCGGGGCGUGUUCAAGGGCACUGCCAUCACAGCGUAUCGAGACGUACCCGGAAACGCGAUCUAUUUUGGAGUGUAUGAGAUGGUCAAGCGUUGCUUCAUCCCCGCUGGUGGAUCGGCUCGGGACGUAGGGCCGCUGCCCAUGAUGUUGGCCGGCGGCCUUGCCGGCACGGCCACCUGGUUGACGGUGUAUCCUUUGGACAUCGUCAAGUCGAGAGUACAGAUCGAUGUGACGGGCAAAUAUGCGCAUGGCCAUCGAGGACUGUGGCAGGCGUACAAAGAGAUCGUGGCCGAAUCGGGAAGCGUGCGGGGACUCUACCGCGGCAUCACCCCCGCCCUCCUUCGCUCCUUCCCUGCGAAUGCCGCGUGCUUCUUGGGCUACGAGAUGUCCAUGCGACUGCUCCACUUCCUCUCCCCAUCGUGA